CAAACAGCGUUUAAUAAAUAAAAUUAUUAAAACUCGUUUGUUUGUGUCGACUUUUUAUCUUACGUUUAGUUGUGAAUCGACAAUUAACCAUGACGGUUGUGGUGCGGAUGUGAGGAAUAUUUUAUGUAACUGAAAGUGGAGAAUAUUAUUUGAGUUGUAUUUAAGCAUAACUCUUAUUAGUUAACGCAUUUUGUGAUAUAAUAAUUCAGGUUCUAUUUGCUGAACUAAUUUAUAUAAUCGUGCGUCAUAUCGGAAAUUCCACAGACUUCAUAAGAAAUUUAUGAUUGUACGUUCACUUUAUUUGUUAGUAACGCCGCGAAACGUUUUAAGUGCUUUAAAACCGCAACGAGAAAGGUAUUUCAGCACUUUGGUUGCACACAAAAACAGUCACACGUCCAGAUCUAAAAUGGGUUCCAUCAACUGCAAGGAAUACAAAACCACAAAUGAGACCAACGCAUGCGCAAAUAAUACAAGUUAUAACGGUACGACAGGAUCAUAUCAAACACUCAAAGAGAACAACAUGUCAGUCUAUACAGAAUAUGUGACUUUAUGCAACCAGGCGGAUAUACAGGAAAAUGAGAUGAAGGUGUUCGAUUUCAAUGAAGACACAAAAGUAUUAUUAAUAAAACAAAAUGGUGAACUUUCGGCAGUUGGUAAUAAAUGUUCGCAUUACGGAGCACCAUUGCAUACUGGCGUAUUGGGCCAAGGACAUGUACGUUGCCCUUGGCAUGGUGCUUGUUUUAAUAUAAAAACGGGAGAUAUUGAAGAUUUUCCCGGCUUGGAUUCGUUACCUUGCUUUAACGUUCAAGUGGAGACAACUGGGGAAGUAAAAGUUAGAGCUAAAAAGGUGGACCUAACAGAAAGCAAACGGCUUAAAAAUAUGGCUUCGUAUUGUCCUGAAACUAAUUUAACUUAUGUUGUUGUUGGCGGUGGCCCGGCUGGUGCUGUUUGUGCAGAAACAUUACGUCAGGAAGGCUUCACUGGUCGUGUAAUUAUGAUUUGCCGGGAGAACGCUUUACCAUAUGAUCGCAUUAAAGUUUCUAAAUCAAUGAAUAUUGAACUCGGAAAAAUUGAGUAUCGUAAUUCAUCGUUUUACAAUGAACAUAGCAUAGAAACCAUGGUCGGCGUUGAGGCUACUAAAUUGGAUAUUGAAUGUAAGACCGUUUUAUGUUCCAAUGGAAAAUUAAUACAAUACGAUAAAAUAUUUAUCGCAACUGGCUGUUGCCCAAUAAAACCACCAAUCAAAGGUGCCGAUUUAAAUAAUGUAGUAACUGUUCGAGAUCAUUCGGAUGCCGAUUUUAUAAAUAAUUUUGUUGAUGCUGAAAAAAAUGUCGUGUGUCUUGGUAGCAGCUUUAUUGCAUUGGAAAGUGCAGCAUAUCUUGCUAAAAAAGUGAAAAGCGUUACUGUCAUUGCUCGCGAUGAGGUGCCACUAUUGGCUAGUUUUGGUAAAGAAAUCGGUCAGCGAAUACUUGAUCUUUUCACUGAAAAUGGUGUGAAAAUAAUA